ACCUCCUCUCGAGGAGAAGUGCAGCCGCCGCCGUCUGCUAGGCGACGUAAACAAGAAACCGCUGCUGCUGCUGCUGCUGCAGCACGACCGACAACCAGUCCGGGGAGACUGAGGCAUCUGGCGGUACACGUCGGCCACGGAGGGAUACAUCGGAACGUCGUGCUUCACUUUCGUGCGGAGUUACUCCUGAAGUGUGUGUGACAAACUUUUUAAACCACCGUAGCGCGUCGCGGUGCUGCUAGGUGGGCAGAAACGACAGUGCAGCGUUCCAGCAACUACGUUCGGCGUCUACAUUUGUUGCGGUGAUUUAAGUGCGUCAGCUGUCGCGACUGCUGGAAUUGUGUGUUGUGCGCGGGACAAGGAUACUAGCUAGGCUACGUCGUCUUUCCGGAAGCGACGUACGGUACGCUGCAGGAGCGGCACUGCCACAAACAAAUAGGUUGCGGCAGCGCAGAGGGAAGGCGCGGGCGGAGGGGGCUGCGCGCGCCCGACGUAAGAGCCAAACCGCCGCGACUGCAGCGCUCUCCCCGAACGUGGCGGCGGUGUGGGGAAGCACUCUUCGGCGCAGCAGACGGACUGCGAUGAGCGUGGUGCGUGUGUCGGCCGCCGCUGCUGCGCGGCCCAAACUGCCGGCGCUGGAUGCGGGCUCUCCAUGACCGCACCGAAGGUGCUGCGGCCAUGGCCUCGUCGACGACGACCACCAACGCGCAGACGACGUCGGCGCCCCCCGGGGGCAUCGGCGGUUGCACCCCGCAGCUGAAGCGAGUGCUCAAAAGCUACCAGGCGUCGGCCGUGUCGAGCUUGCAGGGUCCGCCCGCGCUCAUGGCGGCCUCGGCCGCCGCCGAUCCGGGCGGACUGGGCGACGAAGACGAGCCGCUCGAGGCGCCCGCUCUGCCGGCAAUCCAACAGCCACCGCUGCUCACGCCUCCCGACCAGGCUCACGGCAGCGAGCGCGACGAGACGCAGCUCGAGUGGAACACCAUCUCGUGCUUCACCGUGGGCGGCGAGCAUCGGCUCUGCCUGCCGCAGAUCCUCAACACCGUGCUGACGGACCUGUCGCUGCCGCAGAUCAACAGCGUGUUCACCGACCUGCACAUCUUCUGCCUGCGAUGCAACCCCGAGCAGCUGGACGUCCUGAAGCGGGCCGGCGUGAUACCGACCAGCGCGCCAAGUUGCGGCCUCAUCACCAAGUCGGACGCGGAGCGACUGUGCGCGGCGCUGCUUCACGCCGGCACGCCGGCCUCGGAUUUGAACCACAACGUGGUCGGGGGUGGGGUACCCGUGUACCACGAGUGCUUUGGCGGCGCCUCCGGUGUGGUGUGGCUGGAGACGUCCAUGGUGCGGUGCCGCGACUGCGGCCUGUUCUACUCGCCGCGCCGCUUUGUGUGCCACGGCCACGGGUCGCGAGAGAAGCGCACCUGCCACUGGGGCUUCGAUUCGGGUCGCUGGAGGAAGUACCUGCUCCUGGACGACCGAGAGCCUCUAGAGGACGCCGACGCCAUGCGCGCACUGCUGCGACAGUUCAAGGACAAGUUCCCCGACGCCGCCAAGCGGAAACAGAGCCUGAUGCACAUCGACGCAGCGAGCAAAAAGAGAGCGGCACGCGCCUCGUUGUCGGACAUCGAGGGCGGCGGCUUCGUGACCACCGGGGGUCCGGACUCAGCCUACUGGUACCACCAGCACAGCCAGUGGGCUAGGACCUCGGCCUUCAAGCCAUGGAGCCCCGUGCUGCUCAAGGAGCGAAUGGCGGCAGGCAAGCUGCCCCUCGGGGAACAGCUGCUCGCCGGCAUUCCCGCUUCGGCCCUGCCCGUCUACCUCAAGCAUAACUUGGCCUACCCUGCGGAAGCCUACCUCCCGGUGGAUGUCGCAGAAAUGCAGAAGCUGGGUCCAGCGGUCCUAAAGGCCGAUCCUGACAGGCUUGAAGCAGCCGUGACGAUACCAAUUCUGAAGAAGGGUGCUCAGAUCGCGAUGGACGUUGUGCCCAAAAAAGAGCACGUUCCGACCGCCUGCAGCAGGUCGUCGGAGUUGGCGUCGGGAGGUGUGCCACCCGCCGGGAAGCUCGUCAACGGAAGGAUGUCCGCCGACACGGAAGAGACCAUGUCCAACAGCAGCCUCAGCACAUUGUCUGGAGUGGAAGAUGUCGGCAUGGCCGAGGAUGGCAAGGAAGGUGCCACUCUGGUUACACCCGAGCUGCAGGGCCUUUGGGUGGCCUUCGAGCGGCACUCCCUGGGCGAGCGUGCUCGCCAGGACAUAAUGCACGAGGUCAGUCUGCUCCUGUCCGCAUGCCAGCAGCGGCAUUUCUUCGCCAGCUACAAGCUGCUACUGCAACAGGGACAGGAAGCCGAGCCCACGCCUUCUUGCAAGCGGGGCUCCAUGGCCAAGGGUGGUGACAUGCCGUCUCCUCGUCUGCCGCCACCAACGAGCGCACCCACGUCGCCACCCGGCAGCACGCACCAGCAGCCGACGGCCAGCUCUCCCGAAGUGGCGCCACACGGGUCGCCGGUGAACUCACACGAGGCCAAGGAACUCGCAACUUGCAGUCCCCAACCGCCACCCAAACCACCAGUGGAACAACACAAGAUGCUUCUCACCGCCUGAACCGGCGGUGCCGCGGCAGCAUAGCACGUCGCAGUGCGCGUCCCUCGUCAUCGACGCGCUGCGACCCUUCCACCGUUUCUUUCUGCACCGUUGCCAUUGCCUGGGAAGGCCAUGUGUGUGUGCGUGCGUGACUCCAUUCUCGUGGCCUAGGAAAUGCGUUGGUAAUGCGAGGUGCGACCCCAUUUGAGGGAGGAGGAUGGGGAAUGAAGGAGGCCACAUUAUUUUGCUCAGCCACUACAGUCUCUUUGCGUCUGUUCCUGUGAAACGAUGUUAUCAAUUGAAGGCAAAUAACAUAAAGAUAUCUGAGGUUUAACGUGCCAAAAUUACUAUAUGAUGCACCCCGUAGUGGAGAGCUCUGGAAGUUUCGACCAUCUUGUGUUCUUUAACGUGCACCGACAUCGCAUGGUGCACCGGCCUCUAGCAGUUCGCCUCCACUGACAUGCGAUCGCCACAGCUGGUAUCAAACUCCACGACCUUCGGGUCAGCAGACAAGCUCCGUAACCACUGCACCACCAAUUAUUUGAAGACAAACUCAUUGCCGUUCACUAAAUUUUCCUGGAACGGCAUUUGUCGAGGCUAGUUCCCCACGAGGCAUGCCGGUCGGUGAAACGUAGCAGUGAAAUUUCAGACAAAAAAUCGAGAGAGACGGUGUGGCUCUGCCAGGCAACGUAGAAUUGUGCGAAAGCACAUUCGAGAGCCCUAAACAACACCAAACGUGGUUGAAAUCUCGAGGAACGUACAGCAUGACAGGUGCACUGCUAAAAGGGACGAACUUGGCAAGCCUAACCUGGCCAAUGCAAACGUAUACGAGUACCGCAUAACCAAGAAACGCCUGUAUAGAGCACGAGCUCAGUGAUUUUCACCAUUUGCCCAUAACAGGUGAACAAGCUUUGUCAAAUGCUUUCUCUGUGCUGAACAGCACUCUCAGCACAUUCGCAUUGGCUACAUAAUAAUGGUUGUUACUACUACUACUGCUACUCUACUACUGCUACUACUCCAUGGUCCACAACUGACUACGUGGCAGGUGUCGUGGCAUACUUCAAUUCCCCAGCCUCCUCCCCAUAUAUCGUCAAUCACCAAGCCUUCCUCUCAAAGCACCUAUUGCGGCUGCAAAUCACAAAUUGGCUGGAGUUGUAGGCUUGAUGAUGGCAAACAGAAAGCAGGCAAAAACUGUAGGCAUGGCUGAUGUUCGCUUUGAUAAAAAGAAAAAAAAAAUAGCAAAAAAAAAGGCACAACCAGUUCACGUUACGUGCCAAGCUGUACCUGUUCCCUCGUUAAGCGGGAGGUUUUUCUUUGAAUAUCCAAGCCAGCUUUUCCCUGGGGCCCACCUCGCUUGUGUUUGAGCAGGUAGCUGGUGCGGGAAGGAACGUCAAAUGCAAUACUUUUUUUUUUCUCGCCGGGACUGCGACAUGCACGCACAGCGAUUGUGGCGACCGGCCGCGUCGCGAGGACAGUCAGUACCACUGCAAGAUCUCGCCGGUUUUUUUCGUCCGUCGAGGUCUCUUACCGUCUUUCCUCUUUCAACGUGUCCCUGUUAUCGCUGUUGUUGUUACGUUAUCUUUUAUUUUUUCCUUUCUCACGCUGCUCUUUUCUUGUGAAAAUGAAGACAAUGGCUGUGUGUUGUCAUCAGCACAGGUGCUUUUUUUUUUAAUGUUUUGUGUCACUCACCUUGUAGUGUUCAUAACUUCUUACUUUUACAGUGUUGGGCUGCCUGUUGUUUUCACUUCUCUUAUUUUUUUCUUUUUUGGCCCAUGUUUAAUUCUAGAAUUGAAAAGUUUUAAUGUUUGUUGUUUCGUUUGUUAUCGUUGUGUGAGUGAAUAGGAGCCACUGUGUCGAGUGGGGAGUAUUCCUUACGGUUCUGACUCGCGCGGCCAGCUUGCUUUCAAUGGAGCAAGCCGAAGCUGUCGGGCAACAUGCAGCCUCAGCGCUAGAUUUCUAGGUGCAAGUUGUGUGCAGUGUGCCUGAAACUUCGAGUGGGAGAGGGCGAUUCGCUCUCCUCAUGUCUUACCUCGGGGCGCAAGCUGCGGGGUGUCGGUGUAUCCCGUAGCCACGGCACGAGCGUUGCUCUGCAGUUACUGUUUGCAUUGUGCCAGCGUGUGUGCUUUUUUUUUCUCACCGUUACUCUGUUCUGCGUGUGUGUGUGUGUGUGCGUGUUUUCAGUCAUUGUUGCCCUUUUCAUCUGUUGCGGUGCGGCAUACAGAAGCCCAGCUUUUGUGUGGAAAGCCUUGUUCGCUCACCGCUCACUCGUCGUCAUUCCCAUCGCCCGUUUCGCAAAACUGCAUGCACGUUGGCGUGCGAGCGAGCGCACCUUUAAUGAGACGCGUACUCAUGCGCCGAUUCUGCAGGGAAGUUCGUUUCGAGGCCGUCUGUUUUGCACUUAAUGGUCUUUGUUGCGAUAGUUGGAAGUGCACUCCGCGGCGUCAAAUCUGCAGGAGAACAAGGCCGGAUGCAGCACGAAUCUUGCCGGCACGAAAUCCCAUGUAGUGCGAACGGGCGUCGUCCAUGUGCACGACGUCGGGAACAAUGAGAAUAACGUUUUGAGGCAGCAGAGCUGCACUCAUUGAAAUUUGGUUACACCUAAUUAGAGCCAAGUGAUUGUCUCGGCAAACUGCGGAAAUGUUAAAAUAAUUCGGUGGCUCGAACAGCUUGGUGCAACAGCAAAAGACCUUAACCCCUUGAGUGGCAGCCAAACUGGCGAUGAAGACCACCUGAUGGCUCGAAACUUCAAACAUUCUGCGCAAUCCACUUUGGCCAGGGAACUAUUCCCACGUUCUGAUCAGCCAUGAUUGUAACGAGCAACAUUCUACUGCAUCCUGGCCCCUUCUGUGCACUGGACAGAUCAUUUCGCGUUUCGGCACCUUUACCACAAAGCUUUCAUGGUUUGUCGUCUAGCCUGCAGGUGAUCAUUGGUCACCCCUCGCAUCGCUAAGUGCAGCCUGAGAAAUAUUUCAUUCAAUCAGUAUUCAGGGACUUUCGGAAAGACAGCUUCCUUGGAGUUUUUUUUUUUCUUUUCUUUUUUUUUCCUCGAGGUAGGGUUGUGCUUUUCACGCAAGUUCACUGAUGAUAAUGAAAACAAAGGCAGGUUUCAGUCUCUACUCACCUGAUCGUAGCAGCUCAUUUCUUUACGGUGUACCUCAAUUGAGAGUUGCUGCCGCUGCCUUUGGCCGUAGAACAUUCACUCACGGUGUGGUCCAAUUUCAACGGUGAGCUAUCGGUUAUGUACCAGUGGGCAAUGCCUGCUACGUCACGCUUCAAAAGUGUGCAAAGCCACCACGAACGUUAGCAAACGCUGUCGUACAGCGAUUGUAUAGUGGCGUCUUUCCCACCAUCGUUGUAAGUGGACUGCACUUCAUUCGAAUCUGCAAGUGCUAGAAAAAGAGUUGAGUCUGUUCAUCCGAAAUUCCUUGCUUUUCUUUUUGGUGUUUUAUCCUCAGCACUGUGAACAUUGUCAUUACACGCACAUGGUCUGUGUCCCGUACGCAGAUUGCUGCAUUGUUCCUUGCACAAGCACAUUUGUUUAGUGCAUGCAACAUUCAUUGUAUGCACAACGCAAAUGCAGUAGAACCCAAACGUUGGCUGCUGUGAAGAGGCGAUGCCGUUGCACUCAUCGCAACGGCUCUGCUUUGAAGGGACGCCAAAGGAAAACGUUAAAUUGCGCCGAACCAGCGCAUUCGUCUUUAGGAAAUACACCUCCCACAUUAACGUUGCUUAAAAACUGUAUUGGCAGAUGCAGAAGUAUCAAUCGAAGGCUGCUAUUAAACUCGCUAGUGCCCAAACUACAACACUGCGAUCAUUAUUUUGUGGCAACUGAGAGACUUUCCAGUCUUUUUUCGAAUUUUGUUUUUUUGAGCACAGAUGUACGGAAGUUUUCAGCUUAAGACUUUUUUCUUUUUAGAAACAGUGCAUUCUGUCUUUAAGUGCUGCGUUGAUCCGGAUAAUGCCAGUUGCACCCUCAGUUGCGGGUUCACAAAUGUAACCUAGCAACCAAGCUUGUCCCAUGGUUUUUCUUUGGCGUCCCUCCGAUUUUUUUCUUUCCGUGUUUCUUGCAGACAUGGUACCUCCUCAUCUCGGUGUGGUGUUUCUAAAGCGCCCAGUCAAGUCUUGCUUGUCGUUGAUGUUGUUUCUUUUGUUUUUUUCCCCUCUCUUUGUGCGUGUGUGUGCAUGUUCAAAGUACUAUUCGAAGCGGGUUUUCAAAUGUGUGCGUCCUAGUCAUAACGUCCCCACCUUUACAUUAUCCUGCACAAAAAAAAAGAACGUAAAAAAAAGUGUCGCGUUGACACGUCGUACAAAAUGACAGAGCGAUAGAAAAAAAAAUGAAGGCGACAAAGAUCCGCAGCGAGAUUUUCGGCGCCUUGUUCGCGCCAAGACGCUGUUUGUCAAUGGCACAAUGCGACUUGAUGAAAAAGAUUCAGGAAAAAAAAAAAAAAGAAGAUUUCAGAGAUGGCACAUGCACGGUUCUCGAAAGCUGGAGUAUAGCUGGAUUCAUGGCGUCGGUCGCCUCUUGCAGUACAAAAAAUCCGUGCCAAGAAAGAGACACUUCUCGUUCUUUUUGCCGUGCCCUCGAGCGCUCAGCCCCCACUGUAAAAAACAAUACAUUAUUGGCUUGGCUCUUCAUCGCCCAUCGUCUCUCAACUUUCGCAUCCUUCAUCGUUUUGUUCGUUUCGAGCCUUCACGACUGCAUUGUGUCCCUCGUCUGUCGCCAACGGAGCUGUCGUUUCCGAACCACAACUUCAGCCCUCUUACCUCCCAUCCACCCCUUCUUUCACGUGUUUUGAGUAAUUAUAACUGUAACCCUAGUGCCAAGAUACCAGUCAUCCUGUUCUCAUCGUUUGUGGCGUCACCUUGCUGUAUUUAUUUUGAGCUUGGAUCAUCAUGUCAUCUCCCACAACCUGUCGUUUCUGCCGCGGCCGACCGGUCGCGUCGUCACCAUGACAGGCUGUUUGAUGUUGUAAAUUGUAGCACCUGUACAUAACGCAGUUGCUGGUUCCCCAUCUUCCAGUUGCUCCCAACUCCCCGCAUUCCUGUCUUUUUUUUGUUUGUUCAUUCAUCACGCUCCGUGCGUCACUGUCGUAUGGCUGUGCCGCCUCUUUCACGUCAUCCUCCAUUGGAUCAUUGUCACGUGCAUGAACUUUCUCGUCAUUUUCGGUUGUCCAGACCGUACCUACGAAACGAUUGGCUUCUUGUGCCUGUUAGCGCCAUCUUGAGCGACUGUAUGCUGGAGUCUGAGUGUUGCCGGUGCAGUACUUUGCGAGUGAGCAUGUACACGGUAGGCUAGUUGUUAUUGUAAAAUCGGAGGGGCCUCACCAGCCCUUGCUGAAUUGGAGAGCUGCAGUUCUGGGCAAUACGUGUUGCUUGCAGUGUGAAACGAAAGUACGGCAGUGUAUACUUCCAGCAAAUCAAAGGCAGGACGGGCAGUGUUAAGGCUAUUGGAUUUGCAAGGUGCCUGAUGAACAGGUUCACGAGUUCCGUACCAUUUCUUGAUGGUGCAGAGCCAACCCAUCGCCACCUGUACGAACUAUGAUCUCGUCUUUAAAAGCCCGCGCAGUGCAAGAGGCAUAGUGCGCAGGUGGCCGCCAUGUUGAACUGGUGAACACAAAUGGCAAAGUAAAAGGCCUCCUGAACUGUAGUUCGCAAAGUGAAGGUCAAUCGAAUGAACCCAUUCUGCUCACCCAUUUAGCCAAAGGAGUUGGGUGUUGGAGGUUUUUGUUGCACAGUGCAUUCUUUCGACCAGGUGCUUUGUAUGCGCUGCACAUCAAAUUUGCUAGUAUCGGGCAUCGCAAACAUUCCUUGCCCGUUACAGUAUUCUUCUGUGCAAUCCUAGUCUUUUUCGAUUAAUUUCACAUUCAUACCAGAGUUUAAAGCUAACAAUAUGACAGGGAAGCUACCUUGGUGCCCGGUAGCAUUACUCUUUGCGUGAUCAUAUUCAAAGGCUUCUGUCGCACCUUUAUGGGCAUCUACCCAGCAAGAGAAGUUUAUACACUGCUCAAGAAUGGCAGCUUCCAAUUCACGGGCGUGCGGCCGUUUUGUAAAUUUUUCUCACUCAGGAAUGAUUUUAAUGUUCAAAUUUUAUUUCUAUUCUUUUUUUUUUUUGUCAAGGCUCACAAGCAAGCAGUAGCAUCAACUUUGGAGUGGACUGUUCAUUAUGAAAAAAAAAGUUGACUGCGCCAAGAAUGAACCUUUACUUUCAAGGUUGCAGCAGGCUUUGUCGCUGCAUACGCGACGACUGCUCGGCGGACGACAUAUGUGGAAGACGUACUACGUCGUACAAGUUGUACAUUGGGAACGCCUUUCCUGGGAUAUUGGCCCGAUGCGCUGCAUGAUUGCAUUAUCAUAGUUAUUUUGUUGUUGUUUUUUUUCGCAGCAAUCUCAUUAUCAUAACACAUUUCUUAGCCUCCAAUUGUGCUUGAUUGUCGUUGCGUUGAUUGAAGGAGGGGGAAAGGGGGAACUCGUACAUGCAUGUGUUACGACAGAGCCCGCAACCGCUGUUCACGCAAAAGAGUGUUUUAGGAUAGCCCAUUAGGCGCACAGAAGCAAUCCACCGGUGUUUUUGGUGUUUGGGGGAGGUGUGAUGGGGUUCCUGGGGCCCAGCAUUGCAGAGCGUUACAGUUUAUAUGCAAGCAAGGCAUCGGUGUCGUUGAAGGAGAGGCGGUGCAACGUCGUGGCAUCUUGAGACGUUCCGAGAGGCUCUCGUGUGCCAUUGUCGAGGCAGUAGCCUUUAUGCAGUGAAACCUGUGCUCAUGUGCUCUGGAAGCCAUCUUUGUACGCGUUUUUCGUUCCGUAUUUCUCGGCACUUGCGUGAUUCGGCAUUCCGCCGAAUCCAGUCUAGCUCGAGCACGCUGUCGACUUGUCUCGAGAAAAGAUGCAAGCCGCCGUCUGCGAGGACAGCAGACUUGUGUAGCUUGAGCAAGGCAUUGAGAAGGCUAAAGCAAACUGUCACACGGCGGUAGAAGGCAGUGCACAGGGACAAACAACAACAACAAAAAAAAAAACGCCGAAACGUUGCUUGUUCUGCUUUUUCCCGUUGUUCCUUUCUCACCGUUUCUGCGUAGUUUCUUUGGCAGUUGUCCCGUCUCCAAGUUUAAGCUUGUCGUUUCUUGCUGCGUUUGUUGCGAUGCAAGUGUUGUUACGUAAAAGAAGAAAGAGAGCGAGUUUUGGUGGCAACCGCGUGUGGCAUGUUGCACAUUAUGGUGCCAUCCGCACCCGGGUGGUGAAUGGAAGAGGCCAAAUGGCAGACAAGGGCAAAGUGUGUGCGUGUGUUUUCUAGAAGGUUUCAAGAGUGUCGCACAGGGUUUUUUCCAUUUUGUCUACUACUGCUACCCCCCGCGCAGACUGUGGUCCAGUUAUCUAUGCUCGAUUCUGUGAGUGGUAGGCAGCGAGCGAGCGAGUUUAAGUUUUUCUUUUCCACGUGUUGCAAGGUAUGUGCCCGGCCCCGUGCCUGGGCAGAGAGAAAGGUGGUGGCAGUGAAUGGAGCAAGCAUCGCUCCUGCACACAAAACUGUGAUCAGUGCAGGCAGGAUUGUGAUAUUCUGUGAGGAGGAGGAGGGUGGUACCUGUGAAAGAAGAGAGGAGUUGCAAUGAUGGCCUGGCUUGCGUAACCAGCUGUGGAUACAGAUGGCCGUGUACACAUGUUGCAGCCACGAAGCACGCUGCUUCCGUCGUUCUUUGGUUUCUUCCCCACAAAUUUCUCGUUGCACUGCUAACUCCAGCAGCAUGGGUCGAGUGAGCUGCAUUUUCCAGCCUCCCCCCCAAAGGUUUUGCUUUUCUUCGUCUUGUCCUGAUCUCCAUCGCCAGAUUCAGAGAGUGCAACGAGGCGUAGCAGCUUGCUUCUUAGCUGAGAAACUGUUUCAUCGGCCACCUUGUCACCGCAGACUAGGGAGAAAGCUUGCACACCUGAGUGGUGUCGCUGCGACACCGAGCAGCUCAGCUUCCCCGCUGUGGUCUGGCGACAAUGCAAGGAGAACCAAAGGAGUCGUCCGGCUCCCGCAGCCAGUGCCAUAGGUCCUGCACAGUGCGACGUCAUGUGGCCUUUUUUUCCUCGUUUUUAAUCAGAGUUGAGCAGGGUUGUGGGUGUUUGUACACGCGCAGCAAUGAGAAAGGCCAGAGUGGUGCUACAGCAAGAGCCGUCUUACUCUGAGGGGUGGCGGCCUGCUUCGCUAGAUUGUGUUGUCUGUUUGCGGGAGUGAGAAUGGCCUGGAGGGAUUUGGGGGGGGAUGUGUGGGCACUGUGGUGUGCGAGAGAGGAAAAUGCGUGUCGGCUUUUUGCUUGUGAGAGAAGGCACAGAACCUAAGUCACUAGCACCCCCGUAACGUGCGCGAGGGUGGUGAUAUACUCAACGAAUUACAACUAUCAGUCCCUUCUCGUGCGCCCUUAUUUCAUUGUCUGUUUUUACAGUUGGCGUGUUGUUGGUUCAAUGCUUGGGGCUGAAAGGGUGGUUAAAAAAAAAAGAAAAAAAGAAGUGUUCCCGCGUGUCAUUGUUCACGUGAGAUGUUAAGAGCGUUUCAUUCACGACUGUUUCUGUCAUUUAUUUUUUAUUUUAUCUCUAUUUUUUUUGCCUCCCUGAAUGACCUCUUGUGCACUGUCUUGCCCCCCUCUGCCAAGAAACAGAGGGGGGAAGAUGGCUUGAAAGAAGGGUGCAAUGUUGCGAGUUCUCGUGACAUGAAAGGCUUUGUACAUUUGCUCACGGCUGUAGAAUAUUGUAAAUAUAUGUACAAGUCAUUUGGAGGGUUUCAAAAGAGAUAGUAAAGGGUUUGUAUCUCAGA